AUGGCUACCGAGGCAGCAAUCCCGGAGCUGGGCGACCAGAAGCCCGAAGAUACAGUCCAAGAGUCAAGGGUUCUGAUCAUCAUGACCGGCGGCACCAUUUGUAUGCAACCGUCCCCGGCUGGGUUUGUGCCCGCGCGAGGGUUCCAAGAGAAAUGCAUGGCGCGAGUACCGACCUUCAACGAUGGGACGUCAUCGACGACGAUGAACGUAGUGGCCAAUGCGGCAGGCGACGUCCAGGGCCACUCCAGCCUGCGCACGCCGAUGACAGCAUAUGGGCGACAGGUGCGGUACACGGUAUUCGAGUUCGAGGAACUGCUGGACAGCAGCUCGAUCAACGCCAAAGGCUGGGCCGAGAUCGCCGAGACGGUGUUUCGCAACUACACGCAGUUCGACGGGUUCGUCAUCCUGCACGGCACCGACAGCCUCGCCUACACAUGCUCCGCGCUCAGCUUCAUGCUCCAGAAUCUCGGCAAGCCCGUCGUGCUCACGGGCUCGCAGGCGCCGAUGCUCGAGCUGCAGAACGAUGCCACCGACAACCUGCUCGGGUCACUGGUCGUUGCCGGCCACUUCAUGAUCCCUGAGGUGUGCUUGUACUUUAAUAACCGUCUGUUCCGGGGGAACCGAUCUACCAAGGUCGCUGCUAGCGACUUUGCCGCGUUCGAUGCUCCAAACUGUACGCCGCUGGCUGUCACUACAUCCAUGCGCACCAAUGUCAACUGGGACAUGGUGCAUCGCCCUACUAGUCUGGAGCAUUUCAGCAUCCGGACGAACCUCGACACUACCCACGUCGCGUGCCUGCGCAUCUUCCCCGGUAUCAAGCCGGAGAUGGUCGAUGCCGUGCUGAAGCUCGAUGGACUCCGGGGGUUGAUUCUGGAGACCUUUGGCGCGGGCAAUGCUCCGUCGGGGCAGGACAACGCUAUGAUCAACGUGCUGGCCAGCGCUAUCCAACGAGGAAUUGUCAUUGUGAAUGUCACGCAAUGCUUCACGGGCAGCGUCAGCCCCGUCUAUGCCACCGGCAUGAGUCUCUCGCGCGCAGGCGUCGUGGCCGGCCUCGACAUGACGACCGAGGCGGCACUGACCAAACUCGCCUAUCUCCUCGCGCUACCGGGAUCGACCCCGGAGUCCGUGGCCAAGAACAUGUCCAUCUCACUGCGCGGCGAGCUCACCGAGUCCUCGCUGCCGGUCUUCCGGCACCCGGACGGAGCCCUCCCGGGGCGCGUGCAGACGCUCACAGCGAUGGGGUAUGCGAUUGCACACGCCGACCUCGAGCGGGUGCAAACAAUCAUGAAAUCCGAGCACCACUGGCUGCUCAACGACGCCGAUUACUCGGGCAACACACCAAUCCACCUGGCCGCCACCUCUCCGGCCAUCUCCAUCUUACACUUCCUCCUCUCCCAGGGCGGUUCUGUGCAUCUGCGCAAUCGCAACGGCCACACGCCACUCUUCCUCGCUGCCAACGCCGGUCUCCCCGACCAGGUUCUCCUGCUGCGCAAAUCCGGCGCUCAUCUCCACUCGGACGAGCGGCCAGCCGCCGAGCUGCUAGCUCGUCGCCGGCCGGGAAUCUGGGGACAGGCCGGGAUUGGACCGACAGAAUCCCAUCAGCAGGGGAAUGACGAGUGGGAAAGUGGCGGGCGCAGUCGGAUGAUGGCCGGGUCGGCGCCGUGA